AUGUCCAAGUAUGGAUUGGCAGGAUUGCUGUCCUUGGUGAAAAUGGACCAAUCAGACUACACAACUUUUGCCAUCGGACAGGAUAUCACCAAGUUGGGGUUUGAUUUGUCACAAGAUUCCACCAUUCUCAAGAAUUUACCCUCACCCUGGGCAGAAACUUCACGUUCAGAAGUCGAACCUUACUUCACAUUACCUCGGUCCAUCUUGACUGAGUCUAUAGUGCCUCCGCCAGGUCCUUGUGAUAACAAAAUCCAGCUGUUUACUGAUGAAACUCUUUUCUACAUCUUCUAUAUGAAACCUAGAGAUACUCUUCAGGAAUACGCUGCUCGUGAACUUGUAGCAAGAAACUGGAGAUACCACAAGGAUAUACAAGUGUGGUUAACUAAAGAUAGCAACGUAGAGCCUGUGCUAAUUAGCCAGGAUGUCGAAAAGGGUGUAUAUAUAUUCUUUGAUCCUCACAACUGGGAAAAGAUCAAGAAGGAAUUUGUUCUUCAUUACUCAUCGGUCCAGGCAUAG